CGUAUAAAUAUCGUCGUGUGUCUUUAGAAAUUUACACACGAAAAAAAGUUAGUUAAGCCCAAAAAAAAAAAAAAAAAAAAACAUGGAGAAACAGAACAUUAUCACAAACACUUCUUGUUCUUCAUCUUCUUGGAUUCGUGGUUCUUGUGUUGGACGAGGAUGUUUUGGUACAGUAAGCAAAGCUUUGAGUAAACUCGACGGUGGAGUCUCCGCCGUGAAGUCAGUAGAUCUCUCCACGUGUCUUCCUUCUCAAGCCGAGUCGUUAGAGAACGAAAUCUUCAUCCUUAGGGGUCUCAAGUCUCAUCCAUACGUAGUGAACUUUCUUGGAGAUGAUGUGAGUAAAGAAGGGACGACGUCGUUUAGGAAUCUUCAUUUGGAGUAUUCACCGGAAGGUGACGUGGCUAACGGUGGAAUCGUCAGCGAAACGCUCCUCAGCCGUUACGUUAGGUGUCUCGUCUCUGCUUUGAGCCACCUUCAUUCUAACGGAAUUGUUCACUGCGACGUUAAAUCUAAGAACGUUCUUGUGUUUAACGGUGGAAGCUCUGUUAAGCUAGCGGAUUUUGGAUCGGCGGUGGAGUUGGAGAAAUCCACGGUUCAGGUUGCGCCACGUGGUAGUCCGCUUUGGAUGGCUCCGGAGGUGAUCAGAAGUGAGUACCAAGGACCUGAGAGUGACGUGUGGUCUUUAGGGUGUACGGUCAUCGAGAUGCUCACCGGGAAACCUGCUUGGGAAGACCAAGGCUUCGACUCGUUGAGUCGGAUCGGGUAUUCGAACGAGUUGCCUUUGGUUCCGGCGGGGUUAUCGGAGCUCGGGAGAGAUUUCUUGGAGAAAUGCUUGAAACGUGAUCGGAGUCAACGGUGGAGUUGUGAUCAGCUCUUGGAGCAUCCGUUUCUAUUUCAAGACUCGUUCUUGACUGAGUCGUCACCGCGUUGUGUACUUGACUGGGUCAACUCAGAGUUCGACGAAGAAGAAGAAGAAGAACAGAGCGACGAGUGGAGUCUUGAAUCAAUGGUUCCGGCAAUGGCAAGGAUACGUAAAUUAGCGUCAACCGGAGGGGCACUUUGGGAAUCUAAUGGUUGGACCGAGGUUAGAGCCAACAACAACGCUUCCGAAGAGUCAGUGGCAAAAGAGGAAACUCAUCUUAUCUCAACAAGGGCAGAAUCGGAAUUUAACAGCCCACCGUCGGGAAGUGAAGAGUCGGCGACGGAGUUGGCGUCGGCAGUGACGUGUGAAGUUGUAUUGUUGUUGAUAUUGGUGGUAGAGAAUAUUCAGAUAUAUGCCACGUUUUACACUAUUCGUAUUACAUAUUGUUAUUGUUGUUGUUAUUAUUAUCAUUAUCAAAAUAAUAAGAAGAAGAAUAAGUUUGCGAAAUCUACAUCUUUCAUUCUCAGCCUUAACUUUUUUGUUUGGUAUAUUGCAUGUGAUUCGGAUCGGUCUAUCUAUUAUUAUCAUCAAACUCUUUUACGUGGUGUAGUAGUCUAG